CCCUGCUCAGUCAUGGAGACUUUGGCACUCCUCACAUGUUUGGAUGUGAAGGGAUUUCUGCUCUUUCUGGUCGUUUUUCUGGUUGUCAUGGACUACCUAAAGAACAAGAACCCACCAAAUUACCCACCUGGACCUUUUGCUCUACCAUUCCUUGGAAACAUUUUUAACCGUGACUCCAGACAGCCACAUAUUUACUUUACCAAGCUUGGCAACAAAACUUACAACAACAUAUUUGCCCUCCAAACUGGGAGGAACAAAAUGGUCUUUAUCACUGGAUACAAAAUGGUAAAGGAAGCUCUAGUGAACCAGGCAGAAAACUUUGUUGAUCGUCCUUACAGCCCCCUGGCAAUGAGGAUCUACUCAGGCAAUGGUGGUCUGUUUGUUAGCAAUGGUGAAAUGUGGAAGAAGCAUCGUCGCUUUGCUUUGUCCACCCUGAGGAACUUUGGGCUGGGAAGGAAAACCUUGGAGGUGGCCAUCUGUGAGGAGAGCUGCUUCCUGCAGGACGAGAUGGACAGACAAAAAGGAGAGGCUUUUGAUCCUGCGGCCCUUUUCAAUAAUGCAGUCUCCAACAUCAUCUGCCAGUUGGUGUUUGGCCAGAGAUUUGAUUAUGCUGAUCACAACUUCCAGCUGAUGCUGAAAUACCUGUCUGAAGCAGUUUACCUAGAAGGUUCCGUAUGGGCACAGCUCUAUGAAGCCUUUCCUGCCAUUAUGAAGCAUCUUCCCGGAAGCCAUAAUACUCUUUUCAGCAACUACAAGGCAAUUUACAAAUUCAUAGGAAAGAACCUGGCCAAACACAAAGAAGAACUGGACCCAUCCAAUCCGAGAGACUACAUGGACUGUUUCCUGAUUGAAAAAGAGAACUCUCAUAAUCCAUCUGAGGGGUUUACUGAGGAAAACCUGUUUCGGUGCACAUUGGACCUCUUUGCUGCAGGAACUGAAACCACUACUACUGCAUUACGCUGGGGUUUCAUCUACUUAAUCAAAUACCCACAGAUCCAGGACAAGGUCCAGGCAGAGAUAGACAAAGUGAUUGGAUCAUCACGCCAACCCUGUAUGGCUGACAGACCCAACAUGCCCUACACUGAUGCUGUCAUUCAUGAGAUACUAAGGAAAGGAGAUAUUGUACCUCUUAACGGCCCAAGAGUGGCAAAGAAUGACACAACCCUUGGAGGAUAUUUCAUUCCAAAGGGAACUGUACUGAUGCCAAUACUUCACUCUGUUUUAUUUGAUGAAAAUGAAUGGGAGACACCACACAGCUUCAACCCUGGACAUUUCCUGGAUAAUGAGGGCAGGUUUGUGAGGCGAGAUGCAUUCCUACCAUUCUCUGCAGGAAAGAGGGUGUGCCUGGGGGAACAGCUGGCAUGGAUGGAGCUCUUCCUGUUUUUUGUCAGUCUCUUCCAGAAAUUCCGCUUCUCCACUGUAGAGGGGGUACAACUCGACAUGGAGGGAUUUGUGGGAACCACACGUGUUCCUUGUCCUUUCAAGAUAUAUGCAAAGGAGCGCUAAAUGUACAGGAGAUGUACAGGAGACAAAAUUGGCUAAUAUAGACAAACCUAGUAUAGCUAGCUUGUCCACUAAGAAACAUAUAUGUUUAGCCACCAAGCUACACCUAGUUGUUUGUUGCCGGUCCAAAAAAGGAAACAAAUGUUACCCAGUAAGCUAUAUAGUAGCUUAAUAUAAUAAUGCCAAUAAAUGUAUUAUCAACCUAUUUAUCAGCUAUUUACAAACCAUAUCUACUCCAAAGUUAGGAAUGGAUUCAUGAAUGAUUUCUCUUGAAUGAGUGCCUCUUUAUUUAGCUGUUCUAGUCCAUUGUUUGAUUACCUGAUUAAACUGUGCCACUGACUUUAAAAUGCUGCGUCACCCUGACCAAGAAUUGAAAAAACAUAAAAGAGUACUUUUAUAGCAGCUUAUCUCAGACUGAAAAUGUCACCACACCCAACCACUAUGACUGUAGAACCAUGGACUGACUAUGCAAAGCUUACUUUGUUUUUUGUGAACUUGUCCUUAUAUCAGUGCAUCGAAAAGAACCAGAUGAAAGAAAAAGGAAAAUCUGUUCAUCUUUUUGGGAUCAACCUUUCACCCCCAGCAAUGCCACAUUUCAGGAUAUAGUGAGCACCACUUUAGUCAUGUUACUCUAUGUAAAAGAAAUUGGGGGUUUAUUACAAUGAAACUCAAAAAUAAAAAUAAGUAAAAUGAUUAGUAAAAUAAAAGCAAACAAAUUAAUAAAUUAAAUAGUAAUUAGUAGAAUAUAAUAUAAAUUGCAAAAAUGUCCAUGUAUUUAAUGGGUAACAAGACCAUUGGAAUUCUAUGUCGCCAUCUAGAGGUGAUAAUGGCAACUUGUCCUUUGAUUUCUCAGCAUUAAAAGAAAA